AUGUGUGACUGCUUCCAUAUAGCGUUCCCGAACUGGCACGCUGCGUCUUCAGGACCCGGUGCUGGCCGCAGACUGAGAGGUCCAGAGCCUGGAACAGAAGACAAUUCAAUAUGUGACGAGGCGUCUCAGUUCACGGAGGGAGAGAGGCCACGCCCACAAGGAUCGUCCCCUGUCGAAGAGUUUCCUGAAUCCGACAAAUACGACAGUGACAAAGAGUGUGAAGCAGAGCAUGACCCUUAUCGAAAAAGUGGAAAGAAAGCGAAAAAGUCUGGGCUGGGAUCCAUCUUUGACAAACGCUCGACUCCGAAGAUGAGCAAACUGAAGGCCCCCAGCAGCCCUGAAGCAGGAGUCAUAGUGAAAACAGCCAAAGAUGGAGGAGCAGAGGGUCUGGUGUACAGCGGAGGAGGCAAAGAUGGUAUCUUUAUUAAGGAAGUAGUACCAGAGUCACCAGCUUCCAAAAAUCUGCAUCUCAAAGAAGGUGACCAGGUGCUGAGUGCCACUGUGUAUUUUGACAACAUACCGUAUGAAGAUGCCAUACAAAUUCUGGAGCAUGCCCAGGCUUACAAAGUCAAACUCUGCUUAAAACGCAAACCAGAAAUCAGUGAGACCGAAGGAGCCAUCGAUUCAGACGCCAUCCCUGAAGAUGAAGUACACCAACCAGAGAUGAGGGAACCAGGGAAAAAACGAAGAGGAGACGCCCGUAUAUCAUGGCCUAAGUUUCCAACACUGGGCAGAGGCAAAAAGUCACGGUUUACGAGGUCACACAGUUCAUCAGAGGCCGAUGAGCAAAGAAAACUUGAGCUGAGUCCAACCACAAGUGACACAGAAUCUCCGAUAAAAACUCAAGAUGCUCUCAAGGGCAAGAAGAAGCAUAAGAUAAAACUCCCUGGGUUGAAGAGAGGGAGGAUCAGUUCAUCCGAGGACACAGAUGCGCAAAAUAUUCAAACAGAGGAAAUGAUUUCACCCGAAUGCCUGGAAAGCCCGUCAAGAGAAACACAAGAUGCAGAAGAGGAGCUGAAAAAGGAUGACGAUGUAAAAGUCGAGGAAAGUGAAACCGAAACUCAUAAAACAGAACUGGUUUGUUUAGACAGUACAUUGAAAACUGCAGAUAUCACAGAAGCAUUGGUGGAACAAGAGACUCCGUCUGCCACUGCGUCCCCAGAUGGUAAGAAGAAGAAGAAAGAGCGUUCUGAGCUAAAGCUGAAGAUUCUAGGAAGAGAUAAAAAACACAAAGCAAAGUCUUCGCCUAAAAGGUUAAAAACUCUCGGAGCAAGUUUGGACAAAACAGAUGAUAAGGAAAAUGAGAAAACAGAGGCAGUUCCCAGCGGUGCAACAGAAAACAUUAUGGAUGCUGAAGUCCCAAAAAUGACUUCGAGUAAAUCAGGUCAGUUGGAGUUACGUCUUCCAAAAGUUGAAAUUGAUAUCUCUGACGUCGGGAUUAUAUGCAAAUCUAAUGACAAGAAAGGAAAAGGCACAGAGGAAAAGCAAGCAAAGACAGGAUUCAAACUGCCUAAAGUUGGUCUAACUGACAUUGCAACUGAAGACAUCAUAAAAAUAGAUAUGAGUGUUGAAGGAAGCAAGACUAAGGACAAAAAUGAUGCAUAUGACAGGCUUUCAAAAGGCACUGAACUUCCAAAACGUGAAGACAUUGAAAUUCCAGGUAUGGAGGAUGCUUCAAAGAUAACAAAGGAUUUCAAGGAACCAAGAGCCCCUUUGGCGACUAUUUCUGAUGCAGAACUCCAAGCAGAAACUGUUCAGCUGUCCAUAGAUGUGGACAGUGUCAAAGAAGCUGUGUCAAAGUUGCCUGGGUAUAAACUGCCAAAAGUCGACAUGUCUGGAGUACCAAUCCCAGAUGAAAUUACUGUGAUAGACGCCAAUGCCCAAAGAAUAUCAGUCAAAACGCCAACUAAAGGUAAACACGAAUCAAAGUCUGUCUUCACAGAAAUGUCAAAAACAAUCAAACUACCAGCUGUCAAAGUUGAUGUAAGUGGAGGUGAGAUGGAAUCAGAGACUAAACUGGGAGUGAAGAAACUCGAACUGGACUCCAAAGAUGUAGUAUCGACAAAGGCAAUCAUUUCUCAAACAAUAGAGGUUGAAAAGGUGCAAAAGGAAUCCAUUACAUUUUCAAGUGAAUCGGUGGAAACGUCAAAAAAUUUUGACAUCAAGAUAAAAACACCUAAAGUGACCAUGCCUGAUUUAAGUAUUUCAAAACCAGACAUUAAGAUGCCUGAUUUGAAAAUGGAUUUGACAAAGAAGAAGGAUGACAAGGUACAUGUGGAAAGAACGAUAUUUCUGCCAGGAGAUAAAAUUGAUGUCAAAGUGCCGGAUGUGAAAACGUCACCUAUCAAAGCUGAAUUUGAGAUCCCAAGUAAAGAGACUGAUGUUAAGUUGAAGCUGGAGAGUGAAGAGGUUAAAGUCCCAAGUGUUAAGGGUGAAGUAAGUGUUGGGGGGGUAGAGAUAAAAAUGCCUGAAAAACAAGAAAAAGGUGAGAAAUUUAAAAUGCCAACUGUUGGAAUCACUGUGCCCAAAGUGAAAGGAGGUAAGGCUUCAGGGGUGGAUACUGGUGGAACUGUAGAUGUGUCUCUUCCAGAUGUGGCGGUCGACAAGCCUAAAUUAGAAUACAAAUCACCCCAAAUUGAAACUGACAAAGAGGCUAAAUUUGGGAUCAAACUGAAAAGCCCUGAAGUAAGUCUGACAAAGAAGGACAUUGACGUCACUCUGCCUGAGGGAAAAAUUGAGGUUGAUGUGACAAAGCCUGCAGGUGACCUAGAAGCUCAAGGAGGGAAAUUUAAACUCCCAAAACUUGGUCUUAAAAUGCCCAAAAUGAAAGGCCCAGAGAUGGAUGUGAGUGUUUCAAAUGAUGUCGAUGUCAAUCUACCAGAUGUUAAGGCCAAGGUAGAACUGCCAGAAAUACCUGCAGUUGAUGCAGCUGUUGGAGAAGUAAAGCUGUCAAUCCCAGAACAAAAGGUAGAUGUGAAAGCUCCAUCUAUUGAAGUUGAUAUUGAAGGAGGCAAGUUUAAAAUGCCAAAGCUUGGUGUUAAAAUGCCCAAAGUAAAAGGACCUGAAAUUGAUAUAAGUUUGUCAAAGAAAGACAUGGCACUACCAACAGCUGAUGAACCAAAGAUAGAUGUUUCAAGCCCAGAGAAAAAGAUUGAGGUAAAAACUGAAGGUGAAGUUGAUGGGCGAGGAGGCAAGUUUAAAAUGCCAAAACUAGGAAUCACAAUGCCAAAAAUGAAAGGGCCUGAAAUUGACUUAAAUCUCUCAAAGAAGGAUGUUGAAACAACUCUUCCUGAAGUCAAAGCUGACAUUAAAGUGCCAGAUCUUAAACUUAAGGAUUCGUCCGCCAAGGUUGACAUAUCAACACCAGAAAUAGGUGAUGUAAAACUGAAAGCUGAGGCUGAAAUUGAUUAUGUUGACCCUUCUUUAUCUGUAAAUGUAGGGGAAGCAGAUGCAAAAGCGGGCAAGUUUAAAAUGCCAAAGUUUGGAAUAUCUAUGCCUAAAGUAAAAGGACCUGAAAUUGACUUUAACCUAUCAAAGGAACAUAAAGAACCAGCAGAUAUUAAAGCAGAAGUGAAGGUACCUAAAGUUGACAUCACUGUUGGUAAAGUUGAUGUUCCAAAGGCUAAAAUUGAAAUAGAAAAAACAGGUGUUGAAAUAAAGCCAUUUGAAGCCAAGUUGGAUAUUAAAAAACCUGAAGUCAAAUCACCAGAAGAAAAUGCAGAAGUUGAAGGACAAAGUAGCAAGUUUAAAAUUCCGAGGUUUACUGUCUCCAUACCAAAAGUGAAAGGACCAGAAAUUGAUUUAAGUUUACAAAAGAAAGAGAUUGAUGUAGCAUUACCAGAAGCAAAAAUAGAAGUUGAACAGCCAAAAGCUCCAAAAGUUGAUGUGGAGGUGAGAUCGCCAGAAAUGGAUGUUGAUAUUGAAGGACAAGGUGGAAAGUUCAAGUUACCAAAGUUUGGAAUUAAAAUGCCAAAAGUUAAAGGACCAGAAAUUGAUGUCAGUCUUCCGAAGAAAGAUGUAAAAUCACCAGAAAUAAAAGCAGAUAUCAAGGUUCCUGAGGUCCCAAAAGUGGAUGUAAGUCUUGAAAGUAAGGCAGAUGUUAAAAUCUAUGAAGCAAAGAUUGAAGUUGAGAAGCCUACUGUUGACGUAAAACCACCGUCUGGUAAAAUAAAAAUUAAAGCACCAAAAAUUGAUGUGUCAGUCACAGAAGACUCGCCAUCCAAAUUUAAAAUGCCAAGUUUGGGAUUCUCAGUGCCAAAAGUGAAAGCACCAGAAGCUGAUCUUUCAAAAAAGGAUAUAGAUGUGACCCUACCAGAUGCCAAGGUUGAGGUUGAUUUUCCUGAUAUAUCUGGAAAGGCUGACGUGAAAGCCCCAGAAGUAGAAGUUAGUACUAAAGGUUCUCCUUUAAAAUUCAAAAUGCCUACAUUCAAAUUACCAAAGUUCGGAGGUUCAAUUGAAGAAAAAGAUUCUGAGAUCAAAAUAGAAGGGGGUGAUCUGACAGUUUCAGUUCCACAGGCUGAUAUUGAUCUGCCUAAAGUCAGUACAGAAGUAACUCUACCAGAAGCUGAAGUCAAAGCCCCCUCAGGUGAAGUGUUGAUAGAACAACCAUCAGGUUUAGAGAUAGAUGCAAAAUUUAAGAAGCCAAGAUUCUCAAUGCCUCGCUUUUCCUUUUCCAAACAAAGUGUGCCAGCUCCAGAGGUUGAUAUCAGUGCUCCAGAAGUAGAUAUUCCACAACCAGAAGGAAAAGUGGAAGUGAAAGGAGAAAUAGAUGUGAAAUCCCCAGAACUUGAUGUUCAAAUUGAUGGUCAAGGAAGUAAAUUCAAACUGCCAAAGUUUGGAAUCUCGAUGCCAAAGAUGUCGGCACCUGAAAUAGAUCUGAGCUUGUCAAAGAAAGAUGUAGAAGUGACUCUACCAGAAGCUAAAGUUGAAGGUAAACUCCCUGAUGUUGAAGUGAAAUCACCUUCAAUUGAAGCAGAAAUCAAAGCUCCAGAGAUAAAAGUUGAGACUAAAACAAAAGAAGGAUCACCAUCAAAACUAAAGAUGCCCACAUUUAAAUUUCCCAAAUUUGGAGUAUCAAUUCCAGAGGCAGAUGUGACCAUUUCAGGGCCACAGUUAGAUGUUGAACUACCUGAUGUCAAAGCUGAGAUUCAUGUACCAGAAGUUGAAGUCAAAGCUCCUUCAGCUGAGGUGGAAAUUGAGCAACCAUCUGGUUUGGAGAUGGAUGCAAAAUUUAAGAAGCCAAGAUUCUCACUGCCUCGGUUUUCCUUUUCCAAACAAAGUGUGCCAGCCCCAGAGGUUGAUAUCAGUGCUCCAGAAGUGGAUAUUCCACAACCAGAAGGAAAAGUGGAAGUGAAAGGAGACAUAGAUGUGAAAUCUCCAGAGGUUGAUGUUCAAAUUGAUGGACAAGGAGGUAAAUUCAAACUACCCAAGUUUGGAAUCUCGAUGCCAAAGAUGUCGGCACCUGAAAUAGAUCUGAGCUUAUCGAAGAAAGAUGUAGAGGUGACUCUACCAGAGGCCAAAGUUGAAGGUAAACUCCCUGAUAUAGAUGUUAAAGCACCUUCAAUUGAAGCAGAAAUCAAAGCUCCUGAGAUAAAAGUUGAAACUAAGUCAAAGGAAGGAUCACCAUCAAAACUAAAGAUGCCCACAUUUAAAUUUCCGAAAUUUGGAGCUUCCAUACCAGAAGCUGAAAUUAAGGUUGAUGGAAUCGAUAUAUCAAAGGUAGAUGUCGAUCAACCUGAUGUUAAAGCAGAGAUUAAUCUACCAGAAGUUAAAGUCAAAGCUCCUUCAGUUGAAGUAGACGGACAAGGAGGUAAAUUCAAACUGCCGAAGUUUGGAAUCUCAAUGCCAAAGAUGUCCGCACCUGAAGUUGAUCUGAGUUUGUCAAAGAAAGAUGUAGAGGUGACUCUACCAGAAGCCAAAGUUGAAGGUAAACUCCCUGAUGUUGAAGUGAAAGCACCUUCAAUUGAAGCAGAAAUCAAAGCUCCAGAGAUAAAAGUUGAGACUAAAACAAAAGAAGGAUCACCAUCAAAACUAAAGAUGCCCACAUUUAAAUUUCCCAAAUUUGGAGUAUCAAUUCCAGAGGCAGAUGCGACCGUUUCAGAGCCACAGUUAGAUGUUGAACUACCUGAUGUCAAAGCUGAGAUUCACGUACCAGAAGCUGAAGUUAAAGCUCCUUCAGUUGAGGUGGAAAUUGAGCAACCAUCUGGUUUGGAGAUGGAUGCAAAAUUUAAGAAGCCAAGAUUCUCACUGCCUCGGUUUUCCUUUUCCAAACAAAGUGUGCCAGCCCCAGAGGUUGAUAUCAGUGCUCCAGAAGUGGAUAUUCCACAACCAGAAGGAAAAGUGGAAGUGAAAGGAGACAUAGAUGUGAAAUCUCCAGAGGUUGAUGUUCAAAUUGAUGGACACGGAAGUAAAUUCAAACUACCCAAGUUUGGAAUCUCGAUGCCAAAGAUGUCUGCACCUGAAAUAGAUCUGAGCUUAUCGAAGAAAGAUGUAGAGGUGACUCUACCAGAGGCCAAAGCUGAAGGUAAACUCCCUGAUGUUGACGUUAAAGCACCUUCAAUUGAAGCAGAAAUCAAAGCUCCGGAAAUUAAAAUUGAGACUAAAACAAAGGAAGGAUCACCAUCAAAACUAAAGAUGCCAACUUUUAAAUUACCUAAAUUUGGAGCUUCCAUACCAGAAACUGAAAUUAAAGUAGAUGGAACUGAUGUUGGGCAGGUACAUGUUGACUUACCUGAGGUUAAGGCAGAGGUGCAUCUACCAGAGGUUGAAGUCAAAGCUCCUUCAGUUGAGGUGGAAAUUGAGCAACCAACUGGUUUGGAGAUGGAUGCUAAAUUUAAGAAGCCAAGAUUCUCACUGCCUCGGUUUUCCUUUUCCAAACAGAGUGUGCCAGUCCCAGAGGUUGAUAUCAGUGCUCCAGAAGUGGAUAUUCCACAACCAGAAGGAAAAGUGGAAGUGAAAGGAGACAUAGAUGUGAAAUCUCCAGAGGUUGAUGUUCAAAUUGAUGGUCAAGGAAGUAAAUUCAAACUGCCCAAGUUUGGAAUCUCAAUGCCAAAGAUGUCCGCACCUGAAGUUGAUCUCAGUUUGUCAAAGAAAGAUGCAGAGGUGACUCUACCAGAAGCAAAGGUGAAGGCCACGGUCCCUGACACUGAAGUAAAAGCACCUUCCAUUGAGGUAGCAGUUAGCGCCCCUGACAUCAAAGUAGAGACUAAGACAAAGGAAGGAUCACCAUCAAAACUUAAGAUGCCCACUUUUAAAUUACCUAAAUUUGGAGUUUCCAUACCUGAAGCUGAAAUACAUGUUGAUGGACCUGAUGUGGCUACAGAACUCCCACAAGUAGACACUGACCUGCCUGAAGUCAAAGCAGAAGUACAGUUACCAGAGGUUGAGGUUAAGGCUCCUUCAGGUGAAGUGGUGAUAGAACAACCAUCUGGUUUGGAAAUAGAUGCAAAAUUUAAGAAGCCAAGAUUCUCAAUGCCUCGCUUUUCCUUUUCCAAACAAAGUGUGCCAGCUCCAGAGGUUGAUAUCAGUGCUCCAGGAGUGAAUAUUUCACAACCAGAAGGAAAAGUGGAAAUGAAAGGAGAGAUGGACGUAAAAGCCCCAGAACUUGAUGUUCAAACUGAUGGACAAGGAGGUAAAUUCAAACUACCCAAGUUUGGAAUCUCGAUGCCAAAGAUGUCGGCACCUGAAAUAGAUCUGAGCUUAUCAAAGAAAGAUGGAGAAGUGACUCUACCAGAAGCUAAGUUGGAGACCAAGGUUCCUGAUGUUGAAAUGAAAGUACCUUCAAUUGAAGCAGAAAUCAAAGCACCAGAGAUAAAAGUAGAGACUAAGACAAAAGAGGGAUCACCAUCAAAACUAAAGAUGCCCACAUUUAAAUUUCCAAAAUUUGGAGCUUCCAUACCAGAAACUGAAAUUAAGGUUGAUGGAGCAGAUGUGGCUGCUGAUAUACCUGAUGUUAAAUUAGAAAUCAGUUUACCUGAGACUGAGGUUAAAAUUCCCUCAGGUGAAGUGGUGAUAGAACAACCAUCUGGUUUGGAGAUGGAUGCUAAAUUAAAAAAGUCGAGAUUCACACUUCCUAGAUUUUCCUUCUCCAAACAAAGUGUGGCAGCUCCAGAGGUUGAUAUAAGUGUUCCAGAAGUUAAUAUACCAGUAGAGGAAAAUGUUGAAGUGAAAGCAGAAAUAGAUGUAAAAUCUCCUGAAGUUGAAGCUCAAGUUGAUGGACAAGGAAGUAGAUUUAAAUUUCCUAAGUUUGGAAUCUCUAUGCCAAAGAUGUCAGGACCUGAAGUUGAUCUAAGUUUAUCAAAGAAAGAUGUAGAUGUGACUUUACCAGAAACAAAAGUGGAGGGUAAACUACCAGGUGUUGAACUAAAGGGAACUUCUGUUAAAGGAGAAAUAAAAGGUCCAGAGAUACAAGUUGAAUCAAAACAUACAGAUGAUUCCCCAUCAAAACUGAAGAUGCCCAGUUUCAGAAUGCCAAAGUUUGGAUUGACCACAAGUGUUUCUGCAGAUGGAGCAGACAUUAAAACUGAUAUUCCUGAAGAGGUUCUGACAGUUCAAACUGAUAGCUCAUCUGUGGAUAUAAAAGUGUCAGAGCCUGAGGUGAAGAGAAGCAAGUUUAAGCUUCCAAGUCUAGGUUUCUCAACCUCAGGUACUGAUGUCUCCCUAGAAAAGAAGGACAUGCAGCUUCCAGAUGUUGAAAUUAAAGAAAGCCCAGCUAAAGUGGAUAUCAAAGUAUCUGGAAUGGAUGAAAGUAAUGUAGAAGUCUCACCCUCCAAGUUUAAGAUGCCAACAUUUAAACUUCCCAAAUUUGGAGCUACGGCGCAAAUCGACGGAGAGGUUCCUGACGUGGACACAGGCAUAAAGGUUGAUGUAAAUGUUUCAAAGAAAGACGUAGAAAGUGAAAAGCCAGAGGCAAAAGAGGAGUCCAAGGCCAGUUGGUCUUUGCCAAGAAUAUCAUUUUCAAAGCCAAGUGUGGCAGCCUCUGAAAUUGAGGCCAAACAUGAGGUGCAGUCCCCAGAGGGUAAAAAAUCCAUCACUGUCACUGUGGAAGGAGAACCAACUUCUGAGAUUGAUUUAAAAAUAAAGAAACCAAGAUUUUCAUUACCCAAAAUCUCAUUUGCAAAACAACCCAGUAUAGAAUCUGAAGCUGAUGCAAGUCUACCUGAAGUGGAGGUGUCUUCUCCAGCAGUAACAGUGGAGGUCAAACAAUCAGAUGUAGAUCAAAAGAUAGAAGGUGAAGUAGAUGCUCAAGGAAGCAAGUUUAAAAUGCCCAAAUUUGGCAUUUCUAUGCCAAAAGUCAAAGGACCUGAAAUUGAUGUGAGCAUUUCAAAGAAAGAAGCCAAGGCAGAUGUUCCUGAAACUAAAGCCCCAUUAAAGGUAGAAGAAUCACCAACAAAAUUUAAAAUGCCAACUUUAAAAUUACCCAAACUUGGUUUAAGCGUGGAAGCUUCUGAUGCAGAAAAGGAUGGGCCGGGUGCGGAAACUACAGCUAAAACUACCACAGAUGUUGAGAGUAAAAAAGAACACACAGGAUCUAAGUUUAGUUUUGGUAUUUCUAUGCCCAAAGUAAAAGGGCCUGAAACUGAUUUGAGUUUGUCAAAAAAAGAUACUGGCAUAACCUCCCCAGACGCCAAGGUUGAGACCACACUCCCUGAGACAGAAGACGUUUCAUUAGAUGCUAAACAAAAAGGUGCUUCCUGGUCAUUUCCAAAAUUUUCAUUUUCUAAGCCAGCAGUAAAUGUAACUGAUGAAGCAGAUUUCAGUGUUGAACCUGACUUGACUACAGAGGCUGCUCCAGAGCUUGAAGUCAAAGCGCCUUCAGUUUCUGCAGAAGAUUCCCCAGCAGCUGAGCCUGAGAUAAAAGCGAAGUUCUCACUACCGAAGUUCUCCUUUUCCAAGUCAUCUUCUAAAGAGCCAAUAGUACCUGAAAAUGCUGUAGCCCUUGAAGUUUCACUUGCAGAAGGAGAAGUGAAAAUAAAAGAACCUAAAGAUGUGACUGUAGAAGUAAACUCUCCAGAAAAUGAUGCUAAAUCCAAAGAGAUUGGAGGAGGAUCACCCCUAAAGUUUAAAAUGCCUGUUUUCAAAAUGCCAAAAAUAGGAAUUACAACAACAGUGAAUGACGAAUCAAGUAGCAUAAGUAAAGACACAGAGGAGACAAUAAAAAUGACUAAAGAAGGCGGCACUGUUGUCAUCACAGCAGGGAGUCCAUCGAUAGAAGUGAAAUCAGAAGGUAUGGAAUUCAAAACUGAUGUAACUAAAGCAUCAACACCUGAUCCUGAAGCUCCACAGGCUGAGACUCAAGGCUCUCCAAGUAAAUUCAAGUUACCCUCAUUUAAAAUGCCAAGGCUCAGUUUUUCUAAAGCUGCACCUGAAGAUGAAAAUACCCCAGUUGAUUCUAAAAUUGAUGAGGAUCAACUGGAGAAGGAUUCAAAGGAAGAAAGUAAAUCACCAAAGAAAUCCCUAACAUCAAUUGGAGAAAUUCUAAAAAAUAUAGAUGUGGAAUUUGAUGUUACAAAUCCGGAAAAUGUUGAAGCCCAAAAGGAACAAGAAGUAAUCAAAAUGGAAACAAAGCAAGAGGCUACUAAGAGUCCUGAGAGAACGGGGUGGUUUAAAUUUCCCACAUUUGGAUUAUCUUCACCAACAGAGAGAGUAAAGGAAGACAAAAAGAGUCCAGAUUUAACAGGCAAUGAGGAGUUAAGCCCAACGUGUUCCAUCCAGUCGUCUGAAGCUUUUGCUGACAUUAGCUCAACAAUGACCAGUGAAACUACUGGCUUUUCUUUAUCAUCCCCAACAAAAGUAACAGUUAAAUAUUCUGAUCCUGACACUGCUGCACUGAUGGGAGAAUCACACUCAAAUGUAGUCAUGUCCACAACCAAAACAGAGGUGGUUUCAGUGGAGCCCAACUUACCUGAGAAAGUUACAAUUUUAUCAUCAGGACAGUCCUCGUCAUCUGAAGAUACAGUCAAACUGGAAUCUGGAAAAAUCCACAUAAUCUCAUCAAAUAUACAAGCCACUCCAGGUUCCCAGCAGGCCAAGAUGUUAACGUCCAUCCACGUCCAGUCUGCUGAGGGCGUUUCCGGUCUCGGGUCAUGGACUGUCACUGACUCUCGAAGCAGCCAGAGCUCAUUCAUGGAGAGCCGUGUGGUCAGGGAAUCCUCCAGCAAAGAAGUCGUCAUCACAAAGCAGAUUACUCGUGUGGUUAAAACUACAGAGCCAAUCUCUGAUGAGACAGCUACUUCAAUAAAGCAGUUAAAAGACUCUGUUCACACUGAUAAAAUGAGAUUCUUUGAUGAAGCUGAGAAGUAAAAUCAGUUAUUCUUCAAAAUAAGAAUUCACUGUGUUAUAAAUUCCACUCUUAUUUUGUCAUCCCAAGCAAAAUUAUUGUCAUGUCUUUGUAGUUAUAAACAUGAAUAGGCCAAUUGUUUUAGUUCCAGGGAAACUGUGUCCCUAAUUUGAUUUCAACAUUUAAGUUUUAAAAUCUAUAU